UGGAUAACGUCAACAAAAACAACAUGAGUAUAAAUAUAUGAAGGAUUCAGUUUUUGGAUUAUAUACUAUAGUAUAUACAAAUAAUUUACAAAGUACACAAUGGCUAGAAAAAUAUAUGGUGUUAUCAUACUGACUCUAGUGAUCGGAAUUAAUACAGUUUUGGCUCGAACGACAUCUAGUCCACUGUCCUCACAACCGACGGAAACAAAUCUGUCAAGAUGCCCCGAUGUCAUUUGCUCCUUGGAGUUUAUUCCUGCAGAGUGUCUUUCAAUGCCGGUUCUAACCCGCGAUGGCCGGAACUGCUACGGGUGUCCAGAGUGGUCGGCGACUUGCAAACGUGAGCUGGCUCGCCAAGAGGCAGAAGUGACGACGGCCGCACAUGAAGUCAUCACGUGUCCCAAGACGCCAUGCCCGGUUUUAGAAGGCGUUCCCAAGGAUUGCGUGUUCACCGAGACGUAUUUCUACCACGGACUGAAGUGUGACAAGUGUCCGACAAUCAGGGCGACCUGCGCCCAGGGCAAUAAGACUGUUUUGGUGAGCGCACCAGAUUCAAAGUGUCCGCUAUUGGACUGUACGCUUGAGUUUAUCCCAGAUGAAUGUAGGGAAAUCCCGAAAACGGAAAUAAAUGGAGUUAUGUGUGAUGGUUGUCCAAAGAAAAAGGCGAGUUGUAUACCCCAAUCAUCGAUUCAACCUGAGUCUAUACCGCGACGUCCGUGCGGUCUUAUACACUGCCCUGGGUUUAUACCUCAGGAAUGCAGCGUGGAGCGAAAGUAUACUAACCGAUGGGGUGAGGAGUGUGCUCUGUGCCCGCAAUGGAGAGAGGGCUGCCGGGAGGAAGAGCGACAGGUGCAUCUGACUCUCCCGGAAGGGGCUGUUCCAUCGCAAUGCCCACAGACUAAUUGUACGGAGCAGAUUCCACAGGCUUGUCAGGAAACGCUACCAUAUAAGUUCUUUCAUCUUGACUGUUUCCGCUGCCCAAAGUGGCGCACUGGUUGCUCUUUUAAAAAGGUCGUGAAAGUUGCUACCUCAAGCACACCUGCAAUCACAGACGAGUACAUACCGAAAGUUGCAUGCCCAUUGAUACAUUGCGAGGUUCCGAUGAGGUUGAGUCCAAACUGCUACCAGAAGAAAAUCUACACAUUUAUGGGUCAACAGUGCGAGGACUGUCCGCUUGUGAAGACAGAAUGCGCGGACCUGGUUCCGCCGCGACCUGUGGUCUCUGUUAAUGCCUCGCGGCUGGACUCAUCGGACCCCUCGUGUCCUCUUUCCGCAUGCCCGAUGAUAUAUAUCCACCCGGCGUGCAGGGAGGAGACGCAAUACUUACACCAGAAUCGCUGGUGUGAUGGUUGUCCCAAACAGAGACCUAACUGUGUACCACCGACGGAGCCCUCUGUGCAAAGUUUGCAAACACAGUCACCCGUGCUUGAAAAUAUAUGUCCAGUAAAGGCAUGUACGCUGAUGCUAAUUCCUCCUGAAUGCAUUGACGAGCAGCCCUAUGAUUUCAACGGCCGAACAUGUUUUAAUUGUCCGAAAUGGCGAGUUGGCUGCAAUUCCGGAAGUGAUUCACCGAUGACCAAUACGGUGCCAGAAAUGGCAUGUCCAUUGUUCGCUUGCCCUAGGAUUUUGAUUCCACAGGAGUGUCGUGAGGAACAAUCUUUUAAGUUCCGUAACAAAACAUGCUACAAGUGCCCGAAAUGGCGUGAAGGAUGCGUCCCAAGCACUAGUCUCCCUCACAUCGUAGACACACCACCUGCUCCGGUUCCAGAGACGUCGUGUCCAGUGCUGAAGUGUGAACCAUCAAACGUCCCAUCUGAAUGUAUGGAAAAUCGUACGCGAGCCUAUAAAGGACUUGUAUGCGAAGACUGCCCAGUGGUCAAGCCGGACUGUCCAACUACCAGCACAUCAGCGACACCGGAGCCCUGUCCUCCGAUCCCUUGUCCCGCCACGGAGAUUCCAGAGGAGUGCAAACAGGAGCAUACGUACCAGUACAAAGGUCAGACAUGCUUCUUGUGUCCACGGUGGCGACCCGGAUGCACACCAAUUAACUCACCAUCGCCGUUUGAUCCUGUAAACCAGCAGAGCAUAACCAAAUUAAAAGGCGUAUUCCCGGUGAAUGAAUUCAUGUCGUCCGUGGAUGCAUUGUCAUGUCCGCCCCUGCCCUGCCCGGAUAUCCUGAUACCACCGCCAUGCAAGGAGGAGAGCUUUUACAUGCACCAGGGGUUCCGCUGCCGGGGCUGCCCCCGCUGGCGCCUUGGAUGCCAACCUUCUUCUGGGGCACCGGUGAAGCUCAACGCCAACGGAAUCCUGUCCUUUAGCCUUUUCAACGAUUUAUUUGACCUUGGUCGUUAAGCUAACACACAGCGACAUUUAAAUGGACACACACAAUUGAACAAUGGCUGUAAUGAUAAACACAUAACAAGUCCAAUAAAUAUAUGAAAAUAUAAUAUUUAACAUGAUCAUUUUUCUGUGUUUUAAUGUCCUGUCUUCUUUAUGUAAGAUAAGAAUAUUAUUUAGUUUUGUUCUGUUUUGUAACUACCUCCACUAUGUUAGUCAACCUCCACUAUGUUAGUCUAUCUCCACUAUGUUAGUCUACCUCCACUAUGUUAGUCUACCUCCACUAUGUUAGUCUACCUCCACUAUGUUAGUCUACCUCCACUAUGUUAGUCUACCUCCACUAUGUUAGUCUACCUCCACUGUGUUAGUCUACCUCCACUAUGUUAGUCUACCUCCACUAUGUUAGUCUACCUCCACUAUGUUAGUCUACCUCCACUAUGUUAGUCUACCUCCACUAUGUUAGUCUACCUCCACUAUGUUAGUCUACCUCCACUAUGUUAGUCUACCUCCACUAUGUUAGUCAUUUGGCUUUAUUUCACAUAAUGCUUAUAGGUAAAGAUCAUGAAAUAAUCACCAUAUGUUAAAAAUGAUGUAUACAUGUUUUUAUUAUAAUUAUUUAUGAAUACAUAUCAUAACCUUCUUUUCUACGUUUAUAUAAGUUAUUUUGUAUUUUAUAAUUUGUUGUUUUUUGAUAUAAUAAA